AUGCUCAAAGCCGUUGGGAACGGGGCUCUCGCCGCCGUCAACUUUGUCUGGCGCUGGUCGGUUCCCUACAACAGCCGGAACCGCCCAGUAGACCCCGUCUACGCUGCUGUAUGGAGCACAGGCCUUGAUCAAGACAGCAUCUUGGACAUUCUGCAAGAAUGCUUUCCCAGUAUCCCUCGCCAUGAGCUGCCGACAGAAGAAGAGGCCAUCCGCCGCCUGGUGCGCGAGCAGCUCCCGCCUGGUGACAACGGCUCGAGGCCGUCUUCGUCGUCAACCUGUCAACAGGAGAGCGACGCUGUGAGCUCGCACGCCUCCAGCAUCACCCAAGUCAACGAAGAAGACGCCAUCAACGCUGAGAAACAAAGACAAAAGGCCCUCGACUCUGCCGAGGAAACCUGGGAGCACCUUCCCACCCUUCUACGGUCGCUGCUUGCCAGCCUGAAUGCCCAAAAUAUCGAAACCAAGCUGGCAUCUCUCCUUACGGCCCCCUUUCACACCUCCUCCGGCCGCGGCGCCAUCCGCCGCGGCUCCUCCGGCGUGCGUCGCACACUGGCCAUGUGGCGGCACGGCUUCAAGGCCGCCGUGCCGCGCACGGAGCGCAUCCUCACCAACAUCUUCAUCCUCUUUCUCGUCUUCAGCGCGUGCUACCCAGACGUGGCGGCCGGCUUCCUCGGCGAGCGCUCCUACAACCAGCGUUCCAUCGGCGGGCGCAUCGUGACGCUGUGCCAGCUGUGGUUCCUGUGGCGGUACCCGUACCACUCGCUGUGGCUGCUCUUCAACUGGAGCCUGGAGCGGCUGCUGGGCGCCUUUGUCGGCAGCACCGUGUACGCGCUCGCGGCCGUGGUGCCGGCCAUCCACGCCGCGUACACGACGUCGUGGUUCCGCGUCAUGAUGCUCGCGCUGUCCAUGUCGUGGCAGAUUGGCGUGCAGUUCUCGCCGACGGUGCGUGACUACGUCGUGCGCCUCGUCACGAGGCGCCAGAUGCGGCUGCUGCGCGCCAGCAGCAGCAAGGACUCCUCUGAAAAGGAGCGCGCCAUUGACUGGGACGCGGCGGACAGGGCCAUCAACGCCGAGCUCACCACGAUCAAGACGUUUACUGCCGCCCAAGGCCAGCGGCAGCAGGCCGUCGCGGCGGCGGAAGAGGUGCCGAUCCGCGUCCGCACCGAGCGCUAUAUCCAGUACACGGCAGGCUACAAGCUCGGUCGUCCGGCCGAUCAGCUGGUCGGGCUCCUCAAGGACGACCUCGAGGGCAUCAUCAACACCUACGAGGACUACCAGUCCACCAGCCCGGCCACGGCACCCGUCGACGACGGGCACGUGGAGCCGCGCACGCCCAAGUUCCUGCUCGUCUUCUUCGACAUGGCCAUCUUUGCGUACGUGUGCUACUCCUUCUACCCGCAGCCCUUCACGUUCAACACGGUCGUCGCGUACGGCACCGUCGUCUGCAUCAAGCAGGCCAUCAUCGCGUGCAAGCGCUACCAGACACCCAAGAGCGCGCGGCGGCUCUUCACCAACAUGGUGUCCAUCAACAUCAUCGGCAUGUUCCUCGUGUCGACACCGGUGACGGUCAACCACGACGUGCUCAAGAGCGACGUCAACUUUGUCGCGCUCACGCUGGCUAUGGUCUUUGCGACGCUGUUCCUCGCCGAGACGAUUGCGCCGCUGCUGCUGGCCUUUGUCGAGGGCCUGGUGUCGGGCGGCGGCUGGCUGAAGAGCAAGCUGCGCCGAAAGCAGAGUGCCGAGGGCAACGUGCUGCCGCCGGUCAAGGGAAGUGGUGAGGAAAGGUCUAAAGCGGGAUCUGCGACGUUGACGGAUUCCGGGUCGUCGAGUAGCGGAGAAAAGAAAGUGGCUUCUGUGCGAGAAGCGCAAUUGAAAUGA